AUCAACGCGUUACAGGACGUCUUUCAUGCAUAUGCGGAAUAUGCCUGUCCCAGGGUCACCUGAACAUCAGUGAAACAGCGUACAGGACCAACUCUUCUGGAGGAUCAUCUGCUCACUCCUGGACCUCCAGCACUCCACAGCUGAAGACCACACCUGCACUGUCACACCACAGCCGAACCCCUCGCAGAGACCUCAACAUGACAACAUCUUCAUCUGCAUCUGCAUCUCAUGCGGCGCGUGCGCCUGUGAUCGUGGCUGUGGUGGAGGGACGAGGUUUAGCUCGAGGGGAGAUUGGGAUGGCCAGUAUUAACAUGAAAUACCCUGAGCUGGUGCUCUCACAGUUUGUAGACACUGGUACUUAUACUAAGGUAAUCACCAAGCUGCAUAACCUGACGCCGAUGGAAAUUCUGAUGCCAGACACGGCUAGUGUAAAAGGACAGGGAACCAAACUCUACAGUCUCAUCACAGAGACCUUCCCGUCGGUCACAUUUACUGCGGUCUUGAGGAGGUACUUCAAUGAGAAGAAGGGCCUGGAGUUCAUACAGCAGCUCUGUGUGCCUGAGUUCACCACUGUGCUGAUGGAGGUGCAAACCAAAUACUACUGCCUGGCAUCUGCAUCUGCCCUUCUGAAAUACUUUGAGUUUGUCCAAAAAUCAAUAUAUGCUCCAAAGUCAUUGAAAGUGACAUUUAGUGGCAGUGAGCAGACCGCCAUGAUCGAUGCAGUUUCAGCCAGCAACCUGGAGCUAGUGGUCAACCACAGAAAUCACAGAAGUGAACACACUCUAUUUGGAGUCCUAAAUCAUACUAAAACUUCUGGUGGUGAGCGGCGGUUGCGCUCUAAUAUUCUCGAGCCCCUGCUGGAGGUGGACACUAUAAAGUCACGUCAGGACACUAUACAGGAGCUUUUGCAGAACGAGGAGCUCUUCUUCAGUCUGAAGAAUGCCAUUGCACACUUCCUGGAUAUAGAUGAGCUGCUGUCUGCUCUUGUUCAGAUCCCAAAGCAAGAGACGAUUGCAGUGGCUGAAGCAAAAAUAACACAAGUUAUUCAGCUGAAGCACAUCGUGGAACUGGUCCCAUCGCUCAAGGUGAUGCUGCAACAUUCUACAACGCACUUGCUGACAGCGUACUGUAAAUCACUUGAAGACUGCAGGUUUAACAGCAUUCUGGAUCAUAUCAAAUCUCUGAUUAAUGAUGACACCAGCUACAUGAAAGGCAGUUUGACCAUGCGCACGCAGAAGUGCUACGCUGUGCGACCCAACGUCAGUGAAUUUCUGGACAUUGCACGAAGAGCUUACACCGAGGUGGUAGAUGACAUUGCAGGAUUAGUGGCUCAGCUUGGAGAGAAGCACAACCUUCCGCUCCGGACAAGUUUCAGCAAUGCACGUGGCUUUUUUAUUCAGAUGAAGCUGGAGGGGGGAGCCUUGCCUGGUGGGAAAUUACCAGACGAGUUCAUCAAAGUUUCUAAACAAAAGAACAACUUCAGCUUCACCACUUUAGACCUCAUGAAAAUGAACGACCACUGUGAAGAGGCCCUAAAAGACAUUUUCCACAUGUCUUAUGUGGUGGUUUCCAAGCUACUGAAUGAAGUCCAUGAACAAAUCCACUGCCUGUACAAACUGUCUGAUGUUGUUUCAAUGCUGGACAUGCUGCUCUCUUUGGCUAAUGCUUGCACCAUCUCAAAUUACGUGCGUCCUGAAUUCACAGAUACUUUGGCAAUACAGCAGGGUCGCCACCCCGUCCUGGAGCGCAUUUCUGGGCAACAGCCCAUCUCUAACAACAGCUACAUCUCAGAGGGAAGCAAUUUUGUGAUCAUAACAGGCCCAAACAUGAGUGGCAAGUCCACUUUUUUGAAACAGGUGGCCCUUGUCCAGAUAAUGGCUCAGAUAGGAUGUUUUGUGCCUGCGGAGUACGCCUCUGUUCGUAUUGCGGAUCAGAUAUUCACAAGAAUAGGAGUGGACGAUGACUUUGAGACCAACUCCUCUACAUUUAUGGUUGAGAUGAAAGAGGUGUCUUACAUCAUCCACAAUGCAACCAACAGUUCUCUGAUCAUUAUUGAUGAGCUGGGUCGAGGCACCAGUCCAGAGGAGGGCAUUGGCAUCUGCCACAGUGUCUGUGAAUUCCUCAUUAAUCUUAAGGCCUUCACACUCUUUGCCACACACUUUCUUGAGCUGUGCCAGUUGCAAACUCUUUACCCCAACGUGGAGAACCAGCACAUGCAGGUGCAGCACAUCCGCACAGGAGAUGGAAGAGCUGAGAGGGUCGUCUACACCUACCAGCUCAGCCGAGGACAUUCAGAGGAGCGCAACUACGGCAUAAGGGCAGCAGAGAUGACCAAUCUACCACUAGACAUCAUUCAGGAGGCUAAAACUGUUGCAGAUAAAAUCAACCAAAAGCUCUGGGCUAAGCAUCAUAGUGAUCCUGCCACUCUUAAACAGAGAGCAGACUAUCGUCUAGCCACCCGACUGGUGCAGACCGCCCGUAACUCACAGCUGGACCGUGCGAGCCUACGUCACUACUUGAAAGGACUGAAAACACAAUAUCUGGCUGAGAUUCAGAUGAUAAAAGAAAAUGCUACAGAGUUGGUAGAGAUUGAGGAGUGAGGUCUGUGAUGGUGAAACAAAAGGAUAAAAUACACAUUUGGAAAAACAAAAAAA